UGGGGCCUAAAAGGGCCAGGUGGAGUUUUGUCUGUUACCCCGGCCGUAUGGCAUGGUGCUUCGGAACUUCCUGGGCCGCGUGCAGGACCCCUUUGCCGUGCUGGGCCUGAAGCGGGCGGCCUCUUCAGACCAGGUGAAGCGCGCCUACCACGGCCUGUGCCGGAAGUAUCACCCGGACAAGGACCGCUCUGUGCCGGCGCACCUGGCCACCGCUCGCUUCCAGCGCAUCAAGGCGGCGUACGAGCUACUGAGCCAUCCGUCCAACCGCUUGGCUGCAGCCUCCACUGUGGUUUCAGCGCCCUUCAAGCCCAACCGCUCCACGAAGGGCACGAAGGGCUCGAAGAGCGCCAAGGCCGCGAAGCAAAAGCCCAAGCAGCAGGCGAAGAAGCAAUCCCAGCCGGCCAAGCGGCGGUUAAAAACGGCGCCUGCGACAGACCCGGAGAUCCUCGAGAUCUUGGACUCGGACGAUGAGGCGCCUGCAAAUCCGCGGAUGGCAAAGCGUGCCAGCCGCGCGAAGAUGGAGGCGUCAAAGCAGCAGGAAAGAGACAGGAAAGCGGCCGCAGCCGGGGCGCGGAUGCGGGCCCGUGCUCAACGCUUGGAGGCCGGCGGCGACGGCGACGCGCGCUGCGUGCGCUUGGUCUUCAAGGCCCCGCCCGACUUUCAGGCGGAGGCCGUCGCUGCAGCCUGGAAUUCCGCCGAGGUGCUGCGCUUCGAGCCUGGGCAAGCCAUCCUGGCGAUGAGCGGGGCUAAGGCCAAAUUCGGAGGUACCUGCACUUCCCAUCACAACUUGGCAACGGCAAGGGGCUCGUCAAAAUCAAGGAGGCGGUGGCAUUGGCGCUCAGCUUCCACGCCUGGCCAGCGCGCCAACCUGUCGGCCUCGAGCUGCAGAUCUUGAGGCAGAUGAGCCUGGCUGUUGCGCCUGUCGACUACACUGGACGUGCCGCGGGGCCGAAGACUCUGGUGGUGUCUCGGUCUCUAGUGGCCGCCAGCGAUGGGACCAGCUCCAAGUUGCUGUGAGGCCUUCCUCGGCUCAAAGCCCGAUUUGGGUUUGUGUGCCCAGGGAAACCGAAAAGAACCCCAAGAGGAACCAACCUGAAUGAGCCCCGCACCACCAAAG